ACUCUCCUUGGUCGACGUCUGAUUGGAUAAUCAAUGUUUUGAUUCCGAUUUGCUGUCGCUGUUUGUUCAUCGCACGGUCGUGAAAAAGCCCUCCAGAAAUGAUCCGACAAAUUCUGUUGAAAAACGACAUCCUCGUAAAGUUGGUGGCCGCCAGAGGAUACAGCCAGCCAGCGUCAUCAGCCGGAGGUCGAGGACCAUCGGUACCACCGGCAGCACCACCAGCGACGGACGUUCCCGGGCUCAGCUCGCGCUGCGUGGAGAAAAAGGAUGGCCCUGUUGGACCGGGUGCAGAACGCAAUGGAACGUACAAGGUGCCAGAAUACUUUAGCUAUAACCAAACGAGCUACUUUGAGGCCGAGAUUGAGAUGUCCAAGUUCCGCAUCCCGCAACCAUCGACGAAGAACUGAAAUGGUGCUUUGAGUGAGCUGUAAAUAGGGACACGGAAGCGUACAAUAAAUGGGUUAGUUGAAGGAUGUAA